AUGGAUAAUUCACAUCUCGGCACUUUGUUUUGUUUACCUCAAGACAUUUCUGACGAAGUUAUAAGAACGUUGCCAUUAACUGGACCGGACCGGGAUGAAGAGAUCCGCCCACUGAAGGAUCGUGGUAUAUUACAAGUUGAUGGCAAAGAAAGGUUUGAGAAACUGGCAAACCGCAUUUUUGAAUAUAUGUGGGACAAGGUUGAAUCCGAAGUUUCCGGCCUCGACGUAUCCGGACUAGGUUCAAACUGGAAGUUGCGGAACACUCAAUAUUUCCGGAUACAAGACACAAGGAUCUCAUGCCCAGAAUCUGAGGGGACGAGGACCUCGACAAUAUCCUCUUCAUCCGGUAGAAUGAGCCCAGACUCCGGAUCUGCAGCGAUGAUAUCCCCAGUAUAUUCUCCACCAGAACCAGAAAGCACCGCUGACGAUGGUGGGGCGACAUGCCAGGCUACAGCAAUUUGCUUGCAAGAUUCAGAGGCUGUAGCUGGGGUAGAAUGCACAUUCAACCUGUUCCAGAACGUCGAGCCACUACAGACACCGCACGGACAGCAAAUCUCAUAUCCCAUGACCGGGGUAGACAGCACAUUCAACCUGUUCCAGAACGUCGAGCCGUUGCAGACGCCACACGGGCAGCAAAGCUCAUAUCCCAUGACCGGGGUAGACAGCACAUUCAACCUGUUCCAGAGCGUCGAGCCGUUGCAGACACCACACGGGCAGCAAAGCUCAUAUCUCAUGACUGGGGUAGACAGCACAUUCAACCUGUUCCAAAACGUCGAGCCGUUACAGACGUCGCACGGGCAGCAAAACUCAUAUCCUAUGCCUGGGGUGUUCCAGAACAUCGAGCCGUUGCAGGCACCGCACGGGCUGCAAGCAAAAAGGGGAGGUCAUCAUGAGGAUGACGAAGAGCGAUUGGAAUCUGACGUCGGCUGGUGUGCCGGAGAGGGUCCUCACAAGAUCACUAUUCGACGAGCCACUCAACGCCCGGAUAAUUACAAGCUCUUGAUUAUUGGAAUAUUUGCUGAAGUAUACCUUUUGGACAACAAGAUCAUCAGAAAGGUCCCCCGGAGUGAGAGUGAAGAAGAUAUGCGACCGAUCAUCCGCGAAGCUAUGGUUUAUGAAAGACUCAGCGUUCAUCCACGAAUUGCUGAAUGGCUCUCUAGAGGCAGAUCUGACUAUAUCGACGUCAAAUAUUAUCAGCAUGGCGACCUUGCAAAUUAUUGUCAGAAAUACACGAUCACUGCUGAACUUCAAUCAAAAUGGUUCCAGCAGAUCCUGGAAGCUAUCGUCGUUAUUCAUAGCUAUGGUGUUAUUCAUUCGGAUCUCGCACUACGGCAGUUUUUCUUGGAUGACGAAUUGAAUUUACGACUUGGCGACUUUAACUCUUCUCAGUGCCCAGGUCACCUCGCUCUAGGCUACGAGAAAGCAUCACACUGCCUGCCACGAGAUUAUGACCUUCCGAACACUGAAGCCUCCGACAUCUUUGCUUUAGGGUCUACACUAUACGAGCUAGUUGCUGGAAAGGCCCCAUAUGGCGAACUUGCUGGGCCCAAAUCCGACAAUCCGGAUGUGAUCAAAGCACAAAUCCAACGACAGCACGAAGUGGACCAUGAAAUUGAAGCUCGAUACAAAAGCCAUAUUUUCCCUAAUAUCUCUGGUUUGUUCGGUGGGCAAAUCAUAUUAGGUUGCUGGAGGGGCGAUUUUUCUAACGCGAAUGAAGCGCUUGAUCUGUACAUAAAUAGUUAG